GCAGAUGCUUAUGGCCUGAUUUAAGCCAUUUUUGUGUCAUAUUUUGUGAGACUUUUCAGUCAUUUUGUACCUCAGACUGCCUCCAGUUUCAGACCAUAACAAUCAAGCUUCUCAAACCAGGAUAGUCACGUUCAGUUUGACAAUGGAGCAGUAAAUAUGCUGCCAAGCAGGCAUCUUAGAAAAUGCUCAGAAAAUGUUGACGUGCCUGAACAGGAACCCUCUGAAAUGCAGUGGGACUAUUAAAUGCCCACUGCAUUUGUAUGUGUGACUUAAGCAAAUGCCAUUUUUAGACAACACAAUGGAAACACAUGUGGAAACGUAGCACAAUGAGUUGGAAAAACACAGACCAGUCCUCAUUUGAUUAAACGAAGUGUGAAGGUUGCUUUCUGCACCUGCUCUGCCACUCCUGACUGUGUAAUCAGGUGACUUAAGGUGUGGUGUCCCAAACGUUUCUUUCCUUUUACCCCACGCAGUUCAGCUUUCUGUUGGGCAGAAGCUAAAUUCUCAGAACGGUGGAUUGGCUCAUACUGAGUUACUAUGGCUCUUCCCAGGGGGAUCAAGUGUUUAAAAUAUCUCAUAUUUAUCUUCAACUUUAUUUUCACGCUUGCAGGCACUGCUGUACUGGCUAUAGGUCUGUGGCUGAAACUGGACUCGAAAACCAAUAGCCUGUUACAAGGAGAAGAUUCUCCAUAUGUGUUAUACUCAGGUGUUUAUGUCCUGAUUGCCGUUGGAGCGCUUAUGAUGGUUGUGGGCUUCCUGGGAUGUUGUGGAGCAAUCCAGGAAUCACCAUUGAUGCUGGGGCUGUUCUUUUCAUUCCUGCUGAUCAUAUUUGCCAUCGAGAUAGCAGCUGGAUUCUGGGGAUUUUCAAACCAGAACAAGGUGUUGGAUGUGAUCAAUGGAUUCUACAGACAGACAUAUGAAGAGUACGAUAAAACAAGAGAUGAGCGCCUAAAAGAGACUCUGCGUCUGAUCCAAAAUGAGUUAUACUGCUGCGGUCUCAAGGGUAGGUUGGGAGAAACUCAUCCUGAUCUUUGUCCCCCGGCAGAAGAUCUUGAGGUGUUCAUUAUUAAGAGCUGUCCUGAUGUCAUUGACGAGGUGUUUAACUCCAAGUUACACAUUGUUGGAGGAAUAGGGAUCACCAUUGGGGUCAUCAUGGUGUUUGGGUUGAUCUUUACCAUGCUCCUGUGCUGUGCCAUCAGGAAAUCUCGGGAGGUGGUGUAACACCCACUGGAAGUCAUUUUUAAUAUUGCAUGAUGUCGUUCUCAGAGUCUCCACUGCCAACAAAAAUAGAUCACUGCUUUUUAAGGAGGGUGCUAACCUAAGCUAAAGAGGGUUAACCUAAUUUUGAAUGUAGAGAAUGUGAAGGUGUGAUACACUUGAUUUUGGUCAAUCUGGUUUAUUUACGUACAGGGUUUUAAGAUUUGUGCUACGACACAGCAUAAAACAUUUCGUACUAACCUUCUGGUCAAUGUUUUUUUAAUGUACAGACUGGCCUUUCUGGCACAGUAAUGAUCAAGUUCCAGCAUUGAGCCAAAUAAUUUUAACAACAUAGAUAUAUGUAAAGCCAAAACAAAUUCUAUGGAGACUAAAAUUAAUGUUUUUUUUGUUUGUUCUGUUUUUUACAAUGCUACAAUUGGCUUAGUUUAUAAAUAUGGUCCAAAAUGAAAAAAGAAUUUUGUCAGUAAACAGAUUUUGGAAGAAUGUUUGCUUGUUUGUUUCUGAGCUUUUUUCUCCUCUUUUAUUUAAAUGAGACCAAAGCUAACCAGAUGCUAGAAGACGUUACCUCAACAGACAGAGUUCAUGUCCCAACAUAUUUUCACAUUCUCUCAGUAUAUCAGUAAAUCAGUGACAUCUUUGCUCCUAAGAUAGAUGCAAUGUUUUUACUAUGUCCAUGUAUGGAACGGGUGCCAUCUGCGUCAGCAGCAGUGUAGUACUGAAAUGUGUAAAUUUGUGGUUAUUUGAAAUCAGCAUUUGUGAGCUUCUAACUAUCUAAGCGAAACAGCAUGUCAGUGUGUAUUGAUGAUAUUGAUUUGUCGAUGGCGACCACUUUAGAUAUCAUGCUAAUGGAAACACUUCAGUGCAACACAGAAGUAAACAAGGCAACAAAACCGAUGAUGGCUAGCAGCAAUGCCAAGCUAAAAUUUAUGAGAUAUUUGUGAUUUAAACAAGCUUGGUGUAACAGUAGCAUUCAGCUCCAUUUUGUCUGUCAUUUAUUUUUUUAAUUUGUCCCUGUUUGAAACGCCUUCUUUGUUUUUUUCAAUUUUUGUAUGUUUUAUAUUUCUGUUUGUAAAUUUUCAGAUUCUUGCUGUGUAUAUGUCAUAUGCAGUUUAAACAUUUUGCAGUGUUGUCUUGAUUUGACAGAAUAAUUUCAUUUAUACACUAUGCACUGUAACGAUGUUAACAAGAGCCAAAUACAAUAAAGUGAUUUAGGAUGAA